AUGCAAAAGCUCAUUCAAAGUGCGAAGGCUUCAUUCCGCCUUGACGCCCGGUUCGCUGCCUCUCCAGUUGGCUCUAUUGAUUCUAGAUUACCCCCAAGUCCUGAGAAGCGGGACACUUCUAAUGUCAACCCUGGUCUUGUGGGAGCUGCUAAGAAAGAAGGCUUAGAGUCAUCUUCCAAGAAUUGGAGAUACUCUAGAGCCCCAAAGUCCGUUGCUGAAUUUGACACGGAUGUCAGAGAACCUUUCCCAGAGGGAUCUCCAAAGCUUCCAGAUUUGCUCUCAGUUGAGAUGGACCAUUGCAAGGUGUUGGCUGUUGAGCCUCCCAGCAGCGGAUUUACUUCGCCUGUCGAUAAGGGAGAUUUCGCGCUUCCCCUCAAGGAUACGCCCAAUUUUUCCUCAUCUCCCGUAUUGCAAGUGUCGAGGAUGUCAACCGACGAUUACGGCGACUUAUCUCCCGCAGGACGUCUGUCCAUCACUGACUUGGAGCGGCCAUUGACCCAACUUCGCGUGAGUGCUGACUAUGACAUGGAUAUCGGUUCAGGAGAAGAGUCACCCGUCGUCAGUCAUCUCCAACGCAAGUCAAUAGACGCAGACGGACAGUACAGAGAGUCGCAAGCCAGUGCAGAGGACAGAUUUGUUCUGUCUCCGACCGUGAAAAAAGCAGCAGACUCGGCGAAGCGGAAGCGCUCAAUGUUUAGCGACAUCUUUCCCAAACCCCCAACGCACAGAGGCAGUGAUGGCACUGCAUCCUCUUCAAAGGGAUCACAGCAUACAGAUGGCAAACCAUGUCCGGAUCCUCGUCUGCAUACACGCGGGCCGACGGUAUUAUGCCCUGAUCCGACUGCUCACUUCAAAUCCCCAACACCCAAUGGACUUGGACAUCAUAAUGCCGCCCUACCUUCGAAUGUACAGGGGAGGUGUGAACGCCAGCACGGCGCUCCUCCAGGAUUUGGUAACCCGCCCCUCCCUUUCAACCGCGCCACUGCGACAGGCAGUCCAAUGCCAUUGUUGAAAGCCAGAUCACCAGCAGUCCCCCGCAGAGCAAUGACCCACAGUCCGUGGUAUCCUCCGCAAAAGUUCACCCAGCCUCGAUCUCAAGUUCCUAUCCAUAAGUACCGGAGCCGGCGACAUGUUGGUACUGCAUCGGAGCAUUUCGAGCCUGGCUGGUAUUAUGCUGAGAGCCCUUACCAAUCCACAAGGCUGGGACCUCCAAUGUACUCUUUCUCAACAGCAGCAGCCAAAGUUGUCGGACAAGACCCAGCUCCUGAUUCUAGGAUUCGAGAUUCGUACAGAACAGAUACUCUCACACCACUGGCAAGACCUGCUUGUCGAUUCAGGAAAAAUGGCCUCAAUGCUCUUGCCAGCGCUCGUGGAGUCGGUAAGCACUACGGCGGUCCUUCAUACCUGUCGAGGCCCCCUCAGCGUCGCAUGCAGCCUCGGAGGUCACGUUUGCCGAACAAUCUGCAGUUCAGAAGCAGUCCACCACAAUGUUUGGCGGAAUCUGCACCAGACCCGCAACAAAAAAAGAGGUCGAGAGACAUCGAGAUGCCCACAAGUGAGAUCUUCGAAGACCAAAUAGCAACGGAAUCAAUUGACCCAAAACUGAGACUGGAAGAAGGCGAAGAAGUCAUUGAAGUCGACGAAGAGACUCAGGCAGCUGUCCGUAUGGGCCUGUUCGGUGCUCCGGACGCAGCAGCUAGCCAUGACACUGGAAGAGGUAUGAAGGAGCUCAGCCCACACGUCGGGGUCUGGCGAAAGGGCACACGACCUUCUGUUAGCAGGAAGAAACGGCGGCCUAGUUACUGGGACGCAGAUUUAGAGGAGGUGAUGCGAAGUCCCGCAGCAAGGCACGUGGGCUCGUCACCAAUCAAAAAGGACAAUGUAAGAUCUGAGCGAGCUGGGGUUGAAUUCCAUGCCGACAAGGAGAAUCAGAUGCUGCUGACCGAGGAAUCACUCGAAGAUGAGUCGAGCAUGGCAGAAGGACCGACUGUUUUGAAAGAGGACGCGUCGAUGGAAGACCAGGGAUUAAGUGGCGUUAUUUCCCAUUACUGA